AAGUGUGGAAAUACAAAGGAUUUUUCUGCCCAAGGCACUGCCUAUUUUAUUUCCUUGUUGUAGAAACCUAUCAAGGAUAAUGCUGAGCAGAAAAGGAAAAAGAAAGAGACAGCGGAUGAAGACUCAGAGGUACAAUUUAGCUUGACGUCAAUGGCACCUACAUUACCAGAAUCAUUGAAGAUGCUAUGUCAGUGGGGUGAAGACAAAUUCAAAGACGGGCGUACCCUCAGCUUCCACAUUGAACCUGAAGUGUUCGGAUAUUCUCGCAAGACCUUUCUAAUGGGAUCAGAUGUUCGGCGACUUGCAAGCAUGAGGGAAGUUAGUGGAACUUGCAUUGCUGUGUACCAAAGGUAUCUCUAUGAGCAGUUGAUUGCUUAUAAAAUGGUAGACAUGGUUGCAUUCAUUGACCCUUCUCUAAUUGGUGCAAGUGGGUCUGGGAAUGGAACUGUUAGGGCCCAACACAUUAGAGAUAGGCUUGUAGCUGCAAAACCAGGACAGAUGUUCAUGUUGCCAUAUAACUCGGGUGAUCAUUGGAUGUUGACAAUUGUUGAUCCUGCCCAAGGCACUGCCUAUUUUUUGGAUCCUCUGAAAAGACGCUUACCCACCGGAGAUUGGAUGUCUAUAGUGGAAACUGCACUAGGUAUGUAUAAUUCUGAAAGGAAGAGGAAAGGCCGGAGUUCAGUUAUGUGGAAAAAUUUGGCUGGCAUUCCUCCCCAACCUAGCAACAAGGAGUGUGGGUACUUUAUCAUGCGAUACAUGAGGGAUAUUAUUGAGGAUAAAGACCUGUCAUUAUUUCCUGUAAAGUGGGAGAGGAGAGGUAGCAGCCACUAUACCCAAGCAGACAUUGAUCAGAUACGAAAUGAGUGGGCAAAGUUUGUGGUCAAGGUGUAUGUGUAGGAGAUGAAGGAAAGCAUUUCCCAUGACGUAGGUUGUUGCUGAAGGAAAGCAUCAUUUUGGCGUGCUUCUCUGCUGGUACAAUAUCCAUGCACCAUGUGGCAUGUUUUGGAACAAAUAUUAUGUAUUUGUACCAGCUUUUGAUGUCCCAAGUAGAUGGACAUGCAUUUGAGUGCUUUUCUUCUUUUUAUUUUGGAUUGGAUGAUUGGGAAAUGCUCCAUUUUAACAUUUGAGG